AUUAAACCUACUUGAAAUGUGACAAUGCUAUUUACUGAUAAAUGCUAUGCUACUGUCAAGACAGUUAGAAAUUGAAAUGAUUGGCUGGUUUGGGAUGUGACACAACUGAGUCUUGAUAAAUCUCCUCCUGACAAAUCACCAAUGACCAGGAACAAGCACCAGACACUCUAAAAUGCGCACACCCACAAAGAUAUACAGAAGUCAAUAUAUCAUGUUCCCUUUACAUUUGUAGUCAUUGAGUAGUAAUUUAUUUUAUUUUAUUAAGCUAAAUUAGAGUCCCAGAGAAUAGUGUGGCUUACAACUAGACAGUUGAGUAGAGGGAGACAUUUUGGAUUUCGUUUGGUGAGAGGAAAUUUGGUAAACGUUGUGCAAUGGUGCGGGAACAGUUUUGAAAGAGUGUGAGAAACAAUUGCAAGCUCAGUGCCUGUGAGUACAGUAGGUAGGUUCGAGAAGAAGCCUCCAUGUUGCAUCCAUACAGAAUGGAGGGGUAUCUCAUCUCACCUGGUCCUCCAUCAGAAGACAUGUAUGAAUCUGAGAUCUAUAGACAACAGAUUUCAGAAUAUUCAUAUCAGUAUGUCAUUGAUGGAGAGAGCCAAGGAGAUCACUGGGACUAUCACAACACUCACCAUGUUCAUCAACUGGAGUUUGAAAAUCUGCCAGAGAGCCAUUUUACUGAGCUCCAGAGUGUUCAGCAUCUACAUGUACCUAGCAUGGCUCGUUACAGUGAUGUUGAUACUCUCCCUCUGGACCCUGGCCUUGGAGGACACCAUCAUGUCAUAUCCCCACCGGGAAGGCAGUGCCCUUCCUGUCUACCCAGACCGCACGUCACUGGCUAUAUCAAGGUCCCGUAUUACCCUCGAGCUAUGGGAUACCUGCACCCCUCUCCUCAGACGAUGAGGAGCUCUGACGAGGAAGAGCCAGGAGGCCGCAGUCCACCGCUAGAGGUGUCUGAUGAAGAGUGUCUGAGGGACCAUAUCACCCAUGUGACUGGAAUAGAGAUUGGCAACAAGAAAAAAAUCCGUCUGUACCAGUUCCUGCUGGAUCUUCUGAGGAACGGGGACAUGAAGGAUAGUAUCUGGUGGGUGGACAGGGACAAGGGUACCUUCCAGUUCUCCUCAAAACACAAGGAAGAACUUGCACAUCGGUGGGGCGUGCAGAAGGGCAACCGCAAGAAAAUGACCUAUCAAAAGAUGGCACGGGCUCUGCGCAACUAUGGAAAAACAGGCGAGGUCAAAAAGGUCAAGAAAAAGCUGACUUAUCAGUUCAGUGGUGAAGUGCUGGGGGGGAGGUCUCAUAUAGACAAGAGGCCCUAUUCCCAUUUGUAGAAGCAUAAACAUAAGAGGGGAAUGUUUUGAAGAGGGGUAAGGUGAGUCAACUGUACAAUAUCAAUGUUAUAACAAUUUUGUUUUUUAAAAAUCAUUAACAUUUUUUUUUUUUUGCUUUAAUUAUUUUGUAAAUAGCAUUAUGUAUACACAAACAUUUCAUGUCUCAUAAAAUCAGACAGUCAUAGCUUAUAUAUCUUGGGACUUUUUUCAUUCUUUAACAUAGAUAAUCAGGAUUUCAUCAUAAUGAUACAGAAUUUAUUGUUUCACUAUCACUAGAGUAACAAUUCUAGUGAUAGUAACACUAGAGAACUACUGUCACUAGAGAAUGUCUGCUCUACUACUAGAGCAGCAGUUCUCAAUUGGUUUUCCUUUGAGACCCAAAUUUGACGAUGAUAAUUCAGUAGCAACUUCAUUAGGUAUGUUAUGGAUUGCAUUGCCAUUUACAUUUUAGAAAGUUUUUUUGAUUGUUGUGGCCUUAUUGGACAGGUCUCUUUUGCAAAACACUGUGUCUUAAUGGGCAUUUGUCUGGUUAAAUAAAGGUAAAAUAAACAAGUUACAUAAGUAGGCUAUAUUGCGUUUUGAAAGACAAAGACUUGGCAGACUUUUUUAGCAAUAUUAAAAAACAACAGUAUUCAACCAAAUUAGUUUGAUAUGACAAUCUGUCACUUAACCACCAUAGGAGGAAUUAUCUACCAAUCAUAGUGCUCAUUCCGCUAACAGUAGCAGGAGUAAGAGUUUUAGCAAUCCAUGCUGUUUGUCAUUUUGUAGAGCUCCAAAUCGCCAAAUUGUUUGGAUAUUCGUUCAUCUUGCCAACUAAACCUCAUAGGAAUACAAACUGCUUAGUACUAUUUUAGAAAUAUAUUUGUUUAUCCUUUAAAUAUGCAUUAAAAUUGAAUGAAAGUAUUAAUAUUUACCAAAUAUUAGUUAGCUGUACUCAAAAACAUAAAGCGAUAUGAAAUACUAUUGUUGUUGCCAACUUUAUGAUAUGAGUUUUAUUGACCUUUGUAGAUGUAGUCACUACUCAAUUAAUUUUAUGAGUUAGGUGUUUUUACAAUGCAUCAAUCAAAAGGGUAAACAGCAUUAACACACAAUAAUAGCUUUGAAAACCUAACCUACCUAACCUGACUGGCAGACAUGCUAUAUCCCUAUGUGUAAUGGCAGCUACAAUCCCCGCAGCCAACGCGAGGCAGGGGUGCCCCCAUACCCCUAGGGCCUUGCCCUGUCUAUAUUUAAAAAAAAGCACUGAGAGUCCAUGAGUUUCGACUGCCAGGUAAAAGAAGCCAAUGAAAUAGGCUAAAUAACAGAUCUCCCUCAUCCUUCCAGCCGAAAAGGGGGCUAAAGAGAUACAAAAUCCCUGCAUCUGGCAACAAUGGCCUUUGCGUAUCUUAGGUGCAUUAAGCCAUUACGGCACUUUCAAAAUUGCUAAUCAUUACAUUUUGAUAGAUGACGGUAGACAUAAGAAAAAGAAAUAUUCAAGCGGUGCUCAAAAGCGUAGCAAUUGUGUUGUCUGAACAAGCUCGCCUAAAACAUCCAAAGAUUAUGUCCUUAUUUAGACAAGCUAGAGAGGAAGCUAUGGUCAGCACCUCCAAAGAUGAAACACUGCCUCCGCCGGUAGAUAGCAGCAGCAUGUCUUCACCAGCAACCAGCCACCAACAAUACGGUUGUGCAACAUGCAUUUUUCAUUGGCCAAUUACAUUUAGGAUAUGUCACACUUCCAUAUUGUGCACAAAGCUGCGCUUUAAUAAAUAGGCAUAAUUGUAGGCAAUAUCAACAUUGGUGAUAUGGGUAACACUUUCCGAUAAGGGUACAUGAACUACCAUUAACGAAUGCAUGUAGUUAAUAUGAAUGAAUGAUAAUCAAAGACAUAAACAAACGGUUAGUAAUGAUAACCCCUACAUUAUGAAUUACAAAUGCAUUAACUAACAGAGUGUAGUGUCAUUUGUUCAUGUUUAAACAGAACAUAAAUCAUGUCAUCAGUUAGUGAUUGUUAAUGUAGGAUAAAUCAUCACUUUAAUGAAGGGGACAAAAUAAUUACCUAAUAGUGAGGUAUCAUUUAUUAAUGCUUUAUUCCAGCUCAGUGGUUGCUCAGUGGGCCAAGAGUAUGAACUCAUGAGUUUGUGUUAGAAUACUAGUGAUAAACUAAAAGUGUAGGCUAUAAAGGCAAUUUGUAAAACAACCACUCUGGACACAUUGACAUGAUCAAGGAAGAGAUGAGUAAUGUAUUUUUGGUAGUAGUGUAAACAGGCAAGUCUGGUGCAUACUAAGCAGUCAAUCAAAUUACAUUUUGUCAAGCCCUUUUUACAUCAGAAAUUUCACAAAGUUCUUAUACAACUUUAAUUUUAUAAGUUAUAUGUAAAAUACAUUUAUGUUCAACUAAUGUAGUUUUUACUAAAAUUUAGUAAAAUUAUUAGCCAAUUGCAAAUUGCCUUCAUGUUAACAUGAAUAGAACAUGGCUGAGCAAGCUAGCAAAGUGCUAACCGAAACUAACAAACACUUGAGCCAGCAUACAGCUAACUGGAGCCAGCUAAUAACAAAUCAAAGCCAGCUAACAACAGGAAUUAGCUAAUUGCAAAGCCUUACAGUGCAACAAUUGCAAAGAUCCUAAACAAUACAGUUACAAAUUUAAAUUAUAUUAAUCCUAGGGAUAUUGUCAGGAGUGUUGUUUUCGUAUUCGUUUUUUUACAAAGGAAGGCAACACCGUCAUUUCAUUUUACAUUCAAUGUGGGUUUUCUGUCUAGUUCAUAGUAAUAAAAUUACUAUGCUUUUCCAACCCUCUACAUACACUUUAACAGGGAAUUGAAAUUUCCAGUGUACUUUUGUACUUUACUGACAUGGAAAACAGGAUAAAUUAUGUGAAAGAAAACAUGGCUUUUCCUUCAAGAGUUACAAGAACGCGCCUGGUGUUUGGAUCGUAUUCAGUCCCAACGCAAUGUGACCAUGUCUGUCUACCACCUACUGGCAAACUAUAGAAAGUGUUUUUUAAAUAUAUGUGAUGUAUUCCCCUUUCAAACAAUACAUAGCCUUAAAUGCGACCAUACAUUUUGUGCGCAUCACAUUAUUUGAAAACACAAAUAGCCAGCCUACCUUAUUAAUAAAGGUUACAGCACUGUAAUCAUGUAUUUUUUGUAUUUUCUACUUUUUUUUAUUUCUCUCUUACAUUACUGAAAGGAUUAUUAAAGGUGGACAGCCAUCAUUCUAUUGAAGUAGGAGGCAGUGGUAUAAGCUAAUAGAUGGAGAUACAUUAAGAGGGAUUUGGGGGAGGGGCCUCUCAGACCUUGCAGGGAGGCCUCUGCUAAGUCCCAGCUGCCACUGGCUACAAGGUUGUGCACUAAAUCACAAUCAUUCGAAAAGUUGUGGAUUUUUUCUUAGGGUUCAGCUGUUUUCACUCAAAGAUGGCAAGUUUAACUUAUGGCAAGUCUAACUGUGGUCACUCAAAGAUGGCAAGUUUAACUUAUGGCAAGUCUAACUGUGGUCACUCAAGGAUGGCAAAAUCUACCUGACGCAGAUGAACAAAUACAUUUUGACAUUAUUGAAAUACUGUGUUGUGAAUAAUCUCGUGUCAAAUAAGCUUUUCACGCCCCUUAAAUCAGUGACAUCCCAAAAAUUGAUCAUUGUUGCUCAAAAAUCUUUAACUAUUUUUAAAAUGUUGCGCUUAUAAAAGAAAAUCUACAGUGUUUUACAUUAUUUACAGUUAUUGUUUUAGAUUUUGGUGAUAUGAGAUUGUUUGGAGAUGGGUCAUGCUGAAACCCAUGUAUAUCAGACAUAUUUACAGGCUCAAAGUCAAGUGAUCAAGACAAAACACAUGCUUGUUCAGUAUUUGUUGCCAGACCAUUGUCUUGGAAGGCGUAUAAACUCGCUGACAAUGUUGUUUACCUGGUAACUAACUCUCCGUCAAACAAGUGCUGUUGAUGGUGAUAAUAGAAUUGUUUCACUGCCUGUGUGAGAUGUGUUUAGUUGCUUUCCAACUACGAGUUGAAGACCAGCCUUCAUGUCACUGUUCAUUUCAUUCCAAUACACACUGAGCAAGACUAAAGUAGCCACAUAGAGUAUUUAUUGUGUAAUCAGGUGAAAACCAAUUAAGGUUUACCUGUUUACACAAUUUAAAAAAAAAUAUCUCUGAUACUAAUCUGGAAGUUUCAUUCAACUAGGUGAAACUAUUGUAUGGUAGAAAAACUCAUACUAAAAUAUGCAUUUUGGGAUCUUUGGUUGUAAAAAUGACACUGUUUAGAAAAAACUGCUCUCUGAAAAUGUACAAUUGUAAUGUGCCCAUAUGUAACCAACAUUAUCAAAACCAUUUGCUUUGAAACUUAUUCCAGGCUGCAUAUUUGAUUAUUUGUGGAAUGUAUACAAUAUGUAAAAAUGUGCUAAAGAAAUUGUGAGAACAAUAUUUAAAUAAUCUUUUGAUUGAAUUGUUUAAAUUUUUUAUUUUAAACAUUUCUUAACAGGCUGUUUUCUGAUUAUUUGAUCAUUUCAAUAAAUUUGUUAUAAUCAUCCAUAUACCAAAUGAUCCAGUCAUAAUGUGCACACUUCUUCAGCAUGCAAGUGGCCAUCAGAGAAUUCCGCUGAUGAAGUAGAUGGAGGUGUGGGCUGGCUACUGAGUUAGAUUGUGGGCUGGUGUAGUUCCAUAUGGUCAGUGGUUGUAAGGCUGGUUGGACGCAUUGCCAAAUUAUCUUAAAUUAUGUGGGAGAGGGCUUAAAACUUGUGAAAUCUGUGGCAUUGUAUUCUGUGACAAAAUGUUGACAUUUUAGAGUGGACUUUUAUUGUUCAGUGCACUAGGAUCACCCAUGUAAUGAUCAUGCUGUUUAAUCAGCUUAUUUUGUGUGCAGUGAGGGGCAGAUUACCACAGUGUAAAGAUCAAAAUGACAGGUAUUGAAGGAGGCAUUGUUGACAAAGGGAAGGGUAUUGUGAUAAUCUAAUUCAUUAAGAUGAGUGUUAGCUGCAAACCUGUAAACAACAUCAGGAUGGUCAUUUUUACAAGAGCAUGCUUUGCAGCAUGGGUGAAGGAGGAUUUAUUGUAUAAUAGGAAAACGAUUCUAGAUUUGAUUUCAGACUGGAGAUGACUAAUGUUGGUAGGGGAAGAAAGUGAGCUGUCUAACCAAAUACAGAGGUAUUUAUAGGCAUUCACAUACUCUGAAACAUCUAAGGUGAGAAUGUUAUUUUUUUGUGCGGUUGAUUAGUAGUUUUAGAGCAAGUCAUGUGUAUAUUAGUAAAGCUUUGUUGAAGGGUGUUCAACGUGGGACCAUGUGCACAAAAUAGUGUUGACACCAUGGAGGAGGAUAACAGUCACCAGUUUCAACCCUUAGAUAAACAAAGGUCAUUAAAUCUGUUGAUAAGGUUGAGCCGAUAGACAGAGUCAAAAACGUUAUUUUUUAUUGUCCAUAGCAGAUAUGUGUGGUGGCCUGCAAAAACCAAAUGGAUGUUGUACCCACUCAUUUUAUGAUACAUUUUUACAUCAUGUCCUUCAGACUGACAUUUUUUUUUCAUCAAAUUUAUAUACAGAGCAUGGGAAGUGUGCAAACCUAUUUUCUUAUAUUACUUAAUUACAAAUGGUACACAUUUCAUUCUGUUUGAUAUUAAUUCUAAAUCACUGAUACUUAAUUAUUCUGGUGACAUUGGUUUAUGUUGGGAAAUAUCUCAAAGACAAAUACAACAGAAAUAUGUUGCUUAAAUAGGGACCCACACCCAAUAAUUGGCAAAGCCACAUUUGACUGCAGUAACAGAACUUCGUAGGUAAGUAUAUACCAGCUUUGUUCACACUGUUGGAGUGAUUUUUGCCCUUUCUACUUGACAUUUACUUACCGUUUUACGUCAACUGUAUAAACUUUGUCACCCAAACACUUGGAUAUUAUUUUGUACCCUUUUCCUAAUCUUUUGUGAUACUUCAUGUCUGAAGACCGGUUGAAUCAAACCUUGCAACACUUCCCCCUUUAAUCCGGUUUGUUUGGGGAGGUGAGAACACACCGAAUGACUUCACUGUGGUUUGUUGAACUAGGUGGUUUCGGGUGGCUUCCAACCUAGGAUGUGUAAUUUUGAGAACGAAUGUACAGGAAAUUAUCCCAAAUGUUGUGUAUUAUGGUUUGAACUCGCAAUGUAUUCUGUGACUAGCAUGGCAAUAAACUACAUUGUGCCAGCUGGUGUUACAAUUGAAGUAUCUGUAAUUAUAUAAAAAUCUUCAUUAUGUUUACCUGAUGUUAAAAUACAUAGAUAUAUAGUUUCUUGUUUUCUACAAUGAUGUACAAUGAUGGACAAUGAUGAUGCUCACCAUACCCCCCUCCUCUUUCCUGUUUUGUUUAUUAACAAAAGAGCGAUGUCGUCAUGUAAAUCAUUUACAAAGUUUCAACAUUCCACUAAUAUAUUAAAAUGUAAAUAUUUUAAGGUCCCAACUCAUGUCAUAUGACUUUUGUAUUUGUGCAGUAAUAAAUAAGUGUGCAAUUAA